UAGCCACUGAAAAACGAAAGUCGACUGCUAGGACAGGACAAGUGACAACGAUAUAUUUAUAUUUUUGAUGUCAUAUUGUUAGUCAGUGUGGAUUUAGUUGCCACAUAAUGUAAUUUCGAUGGUCAGAUAAAAGGUACAUUUUAAUAGCAGUUAUGCCGUUUUCUCGUCUAUUCACUGAGCAUAUUGACCAAGAACAAGAGAAACAUCAUCAGUACUUCCAACAAACUAGAUGUUGUUCUCGUACUCAUUAUGAAGUUCUUGGUGUAGAUAAGAGUGCUACAGGAAAAGAAAUCAGACAGUCCUUCAUUAAGCUUUCAAAGAAGUUACACCCAGAUAUCAACAAGGACCCUAAAAAUCAUGACAAAUUUAUCAAAAUAAAUGAAGCAUACUCUACUCUGAUAAAGCCAUCAGAGAGAAUGGAUUACGACAGAACUCUUGCAUCCGAAGUGUGGGCUAAACAGCAUGAGGGAUCACACACCUCCAGCUCUUCAAGCCGUUCAGGAUAUGAAUAUGAAGCUGGAUCUGAUGAAGGACAGUUCUACUAUGAUGAAACAUUGUGGCACUGGAAAAACCAAGCAGCAGCUGACAAACAUGGCUUCAGGGGCGCAAACAGGAUUUCCAAUGGCAAGAUUGUUCUCGGAUGUUUCGCUUUGAUCUUUUUUGGUGGAGUAUUGCCCUACUACUCUUUUUACAAAACUAGAACUAAACGUUUAGAAAAUGUGGAUGACAUACCAGAUGUUUGCAAAAUACCAUAGCUUGGCCAGGGCAUCUGCUAAGUUGUCUAGAUAGCUUGCUGUGGGUGUGAUGACUUCAGUAAAUUUUAUAUAUGCUUAUCUCAAACGUAUAACAUGGACAGGAGGUUCCAACAGAAAAUCAUUGUAUUAUGUAAGGGAUAUAUGUUAGGGUGUAACGAAUACACAUGGUGGCGAAUAUGAUAUAUAUCACGAAUAUGAGGUAACGAAUAUGUAUUCAUGUUUUUUUGUUUCUGACAGAAGCAAAAUCAAGGUGCCAGUCCAAUGUGUUAAAUAAAAAAAAGGAUUGGUCUAUGCACUUGAUCAACUAGAAAACCGGUCCAGACAUUAUCAAAACAAUCGAUUCGGUAUUGCGUUUUGUUUAGUGUGAAUUAGAAACAUAAAUUGUACAGUUAGCAUUACAUAUAUAUGUUUGUGUAUUCGGUUCAGCUAGUGACGAAUACAAAUGCAUCUACUGUGUAGAUUGCUGUUCGGUGCACCAAAUAUUCAAGUAUAUUGUUACACUCCUAGUAUAUGUAACACUUAAAUUUCUGCAAGACAGUUCCUGGCAGCUAUUCAGUUCAGUGAUGGGAUCAUGUUAGUGAACAUGAGUGUUUAAUAAGCUGGACUUGACCUUUAAUAUGCCAAAAACUGAAUCUGUGAAUUCAGUAAGGAUCCACAUAUUUUACAUUUUACAUAUUAUAAUGUUAAUGGGAUAAACAUUCUGACUGUGUUUAAGAACAACCCAAUGCCUGUUUGUAAAAGUGGUUAUCAUGUUUUGAUUAUGGUGUCACUUAGAACUUACAGAAAUUUUGAAAACAUGCUUUCUUAUAAAAUGUGAUACUGUGGAUGUGAGCCAGUGUUGAAUUCACUGAUUCAUUUGCUAAAGGAAAUACAACCCCUUGAAAGUACAUCUAUUAAAGAGAAUGGUAUUAUAAUUAAAGUGUUCUUGGUAUGAACAUAUUUUGCAACUUAUAUAGAUAGAUAUUUAAAUGUACAAUUUGUUUAUUAUUGUAGGAAGUGUUGAGGUUAUUAUUUUCAUUUUAUCAUUUAUUACUGAAAUAAUUUUGUUCAGUCAUUAUUAAUGUAGUCAGUGUUUUUGUUAUACCAGUUAAGUAUGAUGUGAAUUAUGUUUUAUAAUUUAGUUUGACUAAUUAUAAAUACAUGCAUAAUUAACAGGCGGUCAUUAUGUAACAGUACAAAUGAGGUUUUUUUUUAUAAUACCCAAACACGUUACAGUAUGUAUGUGUAUAUAUAUUUUAUAAUACCUAAACAGCUCUUUUAAAGAGUAAUAUUUUAACUAGAAUUUGGUAUAUACACAGUAUCAAUUGUAUAAAUGGAUUGAUCCGGUGAGUUAAUAGUAGCAAA